AGUCCUGUGAGUACCAACAUGGCGGACGCUGAGUACGAGUCGGUGCUGUGCGUCAAGCCGGAAGUGCACGUGUACCGGAUUCCGCCUCGUUCCUCCAACCGGGGCUACAGGGCCGCCGACUGGCAACUGGAUCAACCGGCAUGGACCGGCCGCUUGCGCAUCACCUCCCGGGGCAAAAUGGCCUACAUCGAGCUGGAGGAUCGCACCUCAGGUGAACUAUUUGCUCAGUCUCCAGUGGAGCAGUUUCCGGGUAUCGCAGUGGAAAGUGUCAUUGACUCCAGCAGAUACUUUGUCAUUUGUAUCGAGGAUGGAAACGGGCGCCGCGCGUUUAUUGGCGUGGGCUUUGCUGACCGGGGAGACGCGUUUGACUUCAAUGUCGCGUUACAGGAUCAUUUCAAGUGGGUGAAGCAACAGGCGGAAUUGGCCAAACAGGCCCAGAACCCCGACCCGGGGCCCAAGCUGGAUCUUGGCUUCAAGGAGGGACAGACCAUCAAGAUCAACAUCGCUAACAUGAAGAAGAAAGAAGGAACCGUGGGCAGCACCAAGCCACGCCCCCUCAGCGGCACACUCAAUCUGCUCCCCCCUCCCCCAGGGGCUAAAUUGCCUGCUCCAAGUGCCAGUCCUGCUCAGCCCUUCCCUGCCCAGCCCUGCCCAGCCCAGCCCACCGCUGCUGCCAGCACAGCUGCAGAUUUGCUGUUGGAUCUCGGCGGGUCGUCGUCCUGGGCAGGACCCCCGGCUUCUUCAGACGUGUGGGGGGACUUCACUAAGGCAUCUGGCGCCCCCAGUGGCCAGCCUAGCACGGGCUGGGUGCAGUUCUAAGAAAGUCUCCAUCGGGACGGGCUGAACUCCCCAGCAAUUCAUGGUGUUUCCGACUCCAGAUCCUCGUUACUGGCAGCUGGGGAGCCGUUGCUUCAUCUUCCCAGGAGGAUCCAUCUGGACUACAUUUCCCAGCAGCACCCUGCUGUACGGCGCCCUGUUCAUUGACACUGUGGGAUCAAAUGUUGGGCCUGAGAUUCCCUCUUCUCCGCAGCUUCCCCCCAGCAGGGCAGGAACAUGAAUAGAUUAUCUGUGAUCAAUAAUUGCCUAAUUGCACUGUGUGUUUGGAGCCUGAAGGUGGCGCUGCCUCCUCUUGCCCCGUGACAGUAAGUGGUGCUGCAAACAGAACUGGAACCGUGUAUUCUCAUUUUCUCUUUUCCAACCUAUUGGUGAGUUGAUCACUAGGUAAUAACUGUGGGAAGCGUUAUGGCAGCUCCUACCUACCUACUUACCUACCUACCUGCCUGGGGGUGUCCAGCAUGAAGGGCCAUGUGUGCUGUAGGGACCGUGGUGUAUGGGGCAGGGUCAUUUUUAGAUUAGGCAAAGGAUAUGGGACACUGAUUUUACCCUUAUACCUUUCUAGGGACACGCUGGGGUAGCCAGUACCUGCUGCUAGCUAGCCAUCUCUAGGGACACGCUGGGGUAGCCAGUACCUGCUGCUAGCUAGCCAUCUCUAGGGACACGCUGGGGUAGCCAGUACCUGUUGCCAGCUAGCCAUCUCUAGGGACACGCUGGGGUAGCCAGUACCUGCUGCUAUCUAGCUGCCAUCUCUAGGGACACGCUGGGGUAGCCAGUACCUGCUGCUAGCUAGCCGCCAUCUCUAGGGACACGCUGGGGUAGCCAGUACCUGCUGCUAGCUAGCCGCCAUCUCUAGGGACACGCUGGGGUAGCCAGUACCUGCUGCUAGCUAGCCAUCUCUAGGGACACGCUGGGGUAGCCGGUACCUGCUGCUAGCUAGCCAUCUCUAGGGACACGCUGGGGUAGCCAGUACCUGCUGCUAGCUAGCCAUCUCUAGGGACACGCUGGGGUAGCCAGUACCUGCUUCCAGCUAGCCAUCUCUAGGGACACGCUGGGGUAGCCAGUACCUGCUGCUAGCUAGCCAUCUCUAGGGACACGCUGGGGUAGCCAGUACCUGCUGCUAGCUAGCCGCCAUCUCUAGGGACACGCUGGGCUAGCCGGUACCUGCUGCUAGCUAGCCAUCUCUAGGGACACGCUGGGGUAGCCAGUACCUGCUGCUAGCUAGCCGCCAUCUCUAGGGACACGCUGGGGUAGCCAGUACCUGCUGCCAGCUAGCCGCCAUCUCUAGGGACACGCUGGGGUAGCCAGUACCUGCUGCUAGCUAGCCAUCUCUAGGGACACGCUGGGGUAGCCAGUACCUGCUGCCAGCUAGCCGCCAUCUCUAGGGACACGCUGGGGUAGCCAGUACCUGCUGCUAGCUAGCCGCCAUCUCUAGGGACACGCUGGGGUAGCCAGUACCUGCUGCCAGCUAGCCGCCAUCUCUAGGGACACGCUGGGAUAGCCAGUACCUGCUGCUAGCUAGCCGCCAUCUCUAGGGACACGCUGGGGUAGCCAGUACCUGCUGCCAGCUAGCCGCCAUCUCUAGGGACACGCUGGGGUAGCCAGUACCUGCUGCUAGCUAGCCGCCAUCUCUAGGGACACGCUGGGGUAGCCAGUACCUGCUGCCAGCUAGCCGCCAUCUCUAGGGACACGCUGGGAUAGCCAGUACCUGCUGCUAGCUAGCCGCCAUCUCUAGGGACACGCUGGGGUAGCCAGUACCUGCUGCCAGCUAGCCGCCAUCUCUAGGGACACGCUGGGGUAGCCGGUACCUGCUGCUAGCUAGCCAUCUCUAGGGACACGCUGGGGUAGCCGGUACCUGCUGCUAGCUAGCCAUCUCUAGGGACACGCUGGGGUAGCCGGUACCUGCUGCUAGCUAGCCAUCUCUAGGGACACGCUGGGGUAGCCAGUACCUGCUGCUAGCUAGCCGCCAUCUCGCCUGGGCCACUAGGCACACUUAUAGGCCACCGUGCCCGAGCGCACAGAUGUUGAUAUAAGAAUGUAUUCAGAUAUUAUAUCUAUAUUUAAUAUAAAGGGCUCCAUAGGGAAAUGUUAUUUCUCCCCAUACAGGGGCAGUUCCCCUUUACAAAAUCAUUGUUAUAAAUUGUAAAGAUGAACUUCCCCUUUAAUCUUUUUAUUUUUUUUUAUUUUAUAUAAACCAAAAGUGCCUUAAAGUCUUUAAAGGGAUUGUUGGCCCAGGCAGCCUGAAUCAUUUAACCCCUUCCAAACCCGCACUCCAGGUUCUAAUGCCUUGGGCAGAGCUGUGGUUCCUGGGCUGCUCUCUUCCCCAUGGGCAGCCAGUGGGUGCUGAUUGGUCCCAGCUGAUCAUGGGGUUUUUUAUUGUACAUGGGGCAGGGGAAUUGAUCUUUUGCUGCUAUAGGGGCUGUUGCUAUGUGCAUCUGCUGUAUAGUACCCUGCCCGGCCCAUACAGAUCAGUGCGAGGGCGGGGGGGAAUAUCACCAUAACCCAUCUGCCUGACCAUGGGAAAGAGAGCAGCCCAGGAUCUGGGGCAAGAUUGGAUCACUUGGUUCAGUCAACUUACCCUUUGAUUGGGCAGUACCGCAGCAACAAACAUUCCAUAAUCUGUAGGGGAAUUAAUGGGGGUUCCCACAGACUCGGGGGGUAACUGGGGAGUCCCUUACCCCUCCCCCCCCCUUACCAAAGGAUGAAGUUACCAAAAACUCUUUUAUUAAUAUAGUUUUUAUUUUGAGCAGCCAAUGAGAGAAGAGCGUGAGAGGGGGCCCGAGACCCCCGUUAUUAUUGGGGGGGGGGGUUACAUUCCCAGUGUGAUUUUAACAAACCUGACCUUCUGCCUAAUGGACUUUACACUGUUACUGGGCUCUUUCUCUGGGGGUACGGGGGGUGGGGCUAAUAAUCUGGGGGUUCUGCUCUCACUGGAUUUUUUAUGAUUGCUGAUUUUGGAUUUUUAUAACUCUGUCUCUUUGUUAUUUACCCCCCCCGGCCUGCGCGGGACUAACCAAUAAAGUUUAUUAUCUGCGAA